GCCCUCCGGCCGCCGCCCUCCGGCCGCCGCCCUCCGGUCGCCCGGGAUGGCCGCGGUGGGCUUCGACGACUUCCCCGGCCCCUGCUCGGAGCUGGCCCUGCCCCCGCUCUUCGGGGGCAACAUCCUGGAGAGCGAGCUGGAGCAGGAGGUGGAGUUCGCCGACGCGGGGCUGAUCGAGGAUGCCGGCGGCGGAGGUGGGGGACGGGAGGAGGAGGAGGAGGAGGAGGAGGAGGAGGCGGCGGCGGCGGCCGCCCAGGAGCUGCGCCGGGAGAAGUACCGGCGGAAGUACCAGGCCCUGCAGCACCGGUGCAAGGAGAUGGAGUCGGUCAAUGAAAUGCUGCUCAAUAGACUGGAAUACGUCAGGAAGAUAACACAGAGAUUCAAGAAAGAACGAAGGUUCUUGAUGAAGUGCUUGGACUCUCACGGGGACAGCUACAGAACGGCCCAGCUCACUAUCCUGCUGGAGGACGUGGGCAGUCAAGCAGAGGAGACCCUGCUGGGCGACAGGACCCAGAGCAGCCAGCAGGAGGGAGCGGACCCCCAUGGCCCCAGGCCUCGGCCCCUGGCUGCACAGGGCUCACAGGAAUCCGGCAGCCCCCUGCCUGGUGAAGGGGGCACCACCAAGAGCAAGAAGAUCAAGGACGAGAGGGACUCUCAGCCGGCCGGCAAGAGGCAUUCCAGCCCCUUCUAUAUCCUCGCACAUCACCAAAUCAAACAGGAAUGCAGCGACGAGGAGAUGUCACCUCGAGAUGGGACAGAGCCUCUUCGACAAGUGUGGGACCCUGGCAGCCCUGAGCAUAAAACAGGGUACAGCAAAUACCCAAGUCCGGCCUCGUACCCAGAGUUCGACUGAGGCUCGUGGUUAGCCCUGGGAGCCGGAGGUGGCAAGGAGGAGGGCCGAGGGGGAGGGCCGAGGGGGAGGGUGGCUCCUCGGUUGUAAUCUAGCACAUUAUCGGGAAAAUGCUCUGUAAGAUUGCCUUGCUCAGCUCCUGAGUGGGGUUAACGCGGUGUCUGGGUGAUCCCGAAUGGAUUGGUCUCUGGAUCUCAUUUUGAGAAUCCCCUCUCGGGAAUGAUUACCGACAGCACUGCUCGCCCUGCACCCCCAUUAAAUAAAUAAAUACCCUUCCAAAGUG